AAUUCCCCAGAGGAGGACAGCCGCCCGAAAAACCCAAGCAAAAGAAGCCCCUUUCCUCCUCCUCCUUCGCCGCCGCCGCUUGUGCCGCCAUGGCCGACGAGCUGGACGAGCUCAUCGAUUUCCUCUCCAACAGCUCCCCUCAGGUGCGCGGCGCCGCGGCGGACAUCGUGCGGGGGCUCACCGGGGACAGCGACGGGCUGCGCUCCCUCGCGGCGCGCGCCGACCGCGCGCUGCCGGCGCUGCUCCGGCUGCUCGCGUCCGUGGGGGGCGGUGGCGCGGGCGAGGCGGCGGCCGACUCGCUCGUCAACCUCAGCCAGGACGGCGACCUCGCCGCGCGCCUCGUGGUGCUCGGCGCCGUCGCGGCCGCCAUGGACGUGAUGGUCAAGCGCGGCGGCGAGCAGCCCAAGCUCGCUCGCAGCCUUGUCAUGCUGCUCGUCAACCUCACCCAGGUCGAGUCCGGCAUCUCGGCCCUCCUCCAGGUUGGUGAUGAAAAGGUGCAAGGGUUGUAUGUUGCAAAGCUUGUGCGCUCAUUCUGCAGGUCAUCUUGUGACUCUGAAGAUGAAGAUAUAUUUGAACACAUCGCCUCUAUACUUGUGAAUAUCUCAAAGGUUGAAGCUGGACGGAGAAUACUGAUGGAACCUAAGAGAGGUCUUCUAAAGCAGAUUAUAGGACAAUUCGAUUCAACAAACCAACUUAGAAAGAAAGGGGUUGCUGGCACCAUCCGUAACUGUUGCUUUGAAGCUGAUACCCAGAUACAAAAUUUGCUUUCUAUAGCAGAAUAUCUUUGGCCAGCUCUACUUUUGCCUGUAGCUGGAAAGAAGAUCUAUAGCGAAGAAGAUAGAUCGAAAAUGCCUCCCGAGCUUGCAAAUGCACUUUCUCAUGAACGAGAAGCUGUUGAUGAUUCUGAAAUUCGUGAACGGGCACUGGAGGCUAUCUAUAUGAUCGUGAUGCAGGAUGAUGGACGAAAGGCCUUUUGGUCAGUCAAUGGGCCACGGAUACUGCAGGUUGGUUAUGAAGACGAAGAGGACCUGAAAGUGAUGGGAGCAUAUGAGUUGAUUGGUUCUUUGGUAUUACCACUGAACUUUGGAAUGUCUAUAUUUGCUGUACUGCACUUAAAUAAUGAAUGCUUUGCUUUUAGAAUAACAUAUUUUGUUUGCGCGCACCUUCAGUCUUCCUGAUGUUCAAUUCAGCAUGUAGAAUAACUUUUGGCCAUUAUAAAUUAUGAAAUCGAUUUCAGCAUUCCUUCACAUGAUUCUGUUCAAGGGCACUCCUACCAUUUCUUGGGGAAAUACAUUUCUUUUUUGUUCAAGUUCUUUAUUUUUAAAAGUGAUAUUUGUGAGUUUUACCCAGUCUUACAGAUUACUGGAGUUUUCAUACCAAGUUCUUUAUUUGUGAAAGUGAUAUAUUUAGAAGUUCUGUUCAAGAUCUUAUUUAUUUUUGUUAAACUCCAGUAAUCUGUCGGCAUUCUUUAUCUCCGCCAUAGUACUUUAUGUAGUUCAAAUUAGUUAUUUGAAAUCCAUUCCAGGUAUCAAAAUUUCAUGGUUCACUAUCUGAAUUACCCCUUCUAUAUGGUUUGCCACCGCAAGUUGAACAUUGAAGAUCUGGUGUUGUUUUGUUCUUGAGCUAACUUAUA